CACAUCACCUUUGCAUUCUGUCACAAUCAUGUAACCAGGAACAUCGCGACCAACAUGUAGCCUAAUACUUGUCCUUUAUUGUUUCUUUUUUCUUCACGUGUGUCUUUUUCAAUCUUGAAGAAAACCUUUUAACAGAACUUCUUUCUAAUCGUUGUAAAGAAGACGUCACGAUUAGACAAAUGUUUCUGAAUCGAUUGACCAAGUGAAGAAAAUCAAACAAUGGAAGGCUUUAUUAUGCUCAUUAUGAUUGUUUUUGUCGUCGAAGCUGUGGUUGGAUCAAACUCCGUGUCAGUGACGGAGGGAGACUUUGUCACUCUUAAAAGUGAUGUUUCCAUGCAAGAGCGUGACAAGAUCCUGUGGUAUUUUAAUGACACCCUCAUUGCCCUGAUCAGAGAAGAUCCCAGUGAGGGUUGUGUGUAUGAUGGAGAAGGUCAGAUAUUCAGAAACAGACUAUUAGUGGACUUUGAGACUGGAUCCCUGACCAUCACAAACAUCAGAUCUGAACACGCUGGACGCUAUGAAGCAGAGAUCAUCAGAAACGAGAUCUCAGAAACCAGCCAAAGCGACAGCGAGUGUGACAGAACAAAAAUCAUCACAAAAAUGAUCAACACUGGAGACACCGUAAAGACGUUCAGUGUGUCCAUCCGUCCUGAUUCAUUUAGUGAUCAUUCAGUCAUUAGUGCCUCUCGCUCUCGUCCUGACAAAUCCAAUAAAGGAUCAUACUAUAAGGAGAAGGAACAAGUGUGUAAAAAGAGUUCAGUUCUGUCUGUAGCUCUUGUAGCAGGAGUGUGUGCUGUUGGUGUUGUUCUGGUGGCUGCAGCUGUUCUUGGUGUGUUUUACUAUCGGGACAUGAGCUCUAAAAAGGGCAAAGAGAAAAACAAGUCUGAGCAUCUGCUGACAGUCUCAGCAUGAGAAGGGACGGUUCCCCAAAUGGUUCAGUGGACAUCUAAGGGUUAAACAGGACUAAAGGCACAUUUGACUGUAUGCUCCUUUAAAACACUAAAUGGCACAAAAAGUCACUAUUCAUCUCAUAAUACUAAGUGGAUUCAUGCCACCCCUGAGCUGUGGAAAUCCAUCUAAAGCCACUUCAGAUGCAGACUCUGUGCCACAUCUGCAGUGCAAGCAGGAGUUUGUUGAGCCUUAUUUCAUUGAAUUGUUAACAGCCUAUAACACAGCUGUCAAACGAGGUGGACAA